CAUAAAUAAAUAUAGGCGUAAUGUGUCUAUGUUUAUUAGAUAUUUCUUUCGAUAUUGCCAAGAAGUGUGUAUUCCCGCCACCUGUCACCUGGCCUGCUCGUGUUGCUACCCAGACCAGUGAUUGGCAAUUUUCCACGUGCACAGGGACGCACUGGAGCAUAAAGGGCACAGCAUUGCCCCGUGGAGGCAGAAAAGCAGCGCGCCAUGAGGUUCCUUGUUCUCCUGCUGCCUUCACUGCUCCCGCUGACGGGAUCUGCACGCUCAUCUCAUAAUAACAUACAAUGCCCUCUCGGAUUCCACAAUAUUUACGAUUACUGCGUACAGUUCCGCACGCAGUCUGCCACGUGGCAAGAGAUGUACAACGAGUGUUUUAACGUCGGUGCUGACAUGGUCAAGCUCGAUGACGCAAACUUCAUGUACUACCUCGUCAACUUUAUCAAAGAAAAUGGACUGGAUGGUCACCAUUACUGGAUCGGCGCCACAGACAUUGAAGAAGAAGGCGUCUUCAGAUGGACGGACGGAACGAAGGUCAAGAUGGGGACGCCGUUCUGGGGCGACCAUGGAGACCAAGUGCAAGAACCCGACGGCGGAACCAGCCAGAACUGCGUAUACUUAGAUAAAAAUGACCAUUUCUUCAUGGUAGAUUAUACAUGUGAUGGACUAAAUUCCGGUAUCUGCGAGAUACAUUGACGAAGGUGAUAUCAAAAUUCUGCUGAUCAGUAUUGUAGACAUUUAAAAGUAGAUAUUCCUUGUUUUAGCAACAUUUAUGUUCAGACACUGCAGCUAUCUUAAUUUAACUACUCCCCUGAAUAAAGUUACAUCGAACGCUUGAAAAAUAAGGACUCUGGUAUUGGUGGCGAAAAACUGACAUAAUAUGAUAUCGAUUUUGGGACAGACCUGAUAGUUCGCACACCUCAGCAUCUGGGUUCACACCUUCGGCAGGUGCUUUGGGAAAGGGAAAGGGGCACCAGUCAGCUCUGCUAUGAGGUCUCCAUUGUUAAUAUCAGCAUGAUACAAGGCCCUUGUCAUAUCAGCUCCGAAACACUAUUCGAACACAUUAUGAAGUUCCAUCUGUUCCGAGCUUUGAAAACAACAAGUACCAACUUUUCCAAAUCAAAUCAUAGCAAUCGUUUCGGUUUCAUCUACCCUUGUAUGAGUGUGUGCAUGUAUAUAAAAAGAAAUGCAUAGAGCUUGAAUAAUAUAUAGCGAGAAAUAUACAUAUCUAUGCCUUUCUAUACUUAUAUAUGUGUGUGUGUUUAUAAUAUACACAUCUAUACACACACAUAUAUAUAGUGAUUGCUGGAUCCUGCUGCCACCAGUCUUAGGUUAUGUCUGUAUCCGUCUGCCACAACAAUGGUUUUUUUUUUCAGGAAUUUCAGGAACAAGGUUUAUCUAAUGACAUUAACUAAUAGUGAAUGUUUGAGUCUCUGAGAUUUAGAACCAGAUGUAAAUUAUUAUACUGUUUCCAUUCUCAGGAAAUAAAUAAACUGGCAACUUAC